AUGGAUCACAGUUCACCUCGGUCCAGUUCCGCGACUUCUGCAACCGUUUGCGAAUCCGGCAGCUACACUCCGCCGUAUUACCCUCAGUCCAACGGUCAGGCGGAAAGGUUCGUGGACACGUUCAAACGCGCACUUCAGAAGUCGCACGGGGAGGAGACCAGUGAUGCGCGCCUCAGCCAAUUUUCGCUUCUGUACCGCACAACUCCAAAUCCAUCGGCACCUGGAGGAGUCUCGCCGGCAGAACUUCUAAUGGGUCGGAAACUGAGAACCGUCCAUGCAGCCAUGAUUCCAUCAGCCACUAGUGUUCAUCAGUCGUCAGCCCCCAAGUGCGCCUUCGCCAAUGGAUCCUGUGUCUACGCACGCGAUUACCGUGCUGAUCACCCCCAGUGGGCGCAAGCCACAAUAUCCAAGCGUUGCGGCGAUAAAGAGUCAGAUUUCUCGGAGUUUCCGGACUCAAUAGCGUCUGAGUGCUCAUCUUCUAGUGCAUCUAAUAAAGGUUCCCGGAACUCGAAGAGACGAUCCUAUAAACGGGCCGCAACUCCAGUCAAAACCACAUUCGAAUAUGCAGACAAACGGUCACGGAACAAUGCUGCGGUUCGAAAGUUCCGAAACCAGUCCAAGGGGAAUUUGCAAGCUUUCGAAGAGGAUAUUGACACUUACUCCUCGCUAACAUGUUUGUUUGACAAGGAAAGCAAUCGGUUGAAGGAGGCCACAAGGAAGCUCCAAAAUUUGCUUCAGGAACAUUAUCACGGCGCUCCAGUUUCCGAUCAGAUUCAAGAGACUAUUGCUGCUGAGUCCUUGGCACAUCGUCGUUUCACGGAGACAAUAACAACACUGGAGGACAAACUGAACGACUCUGUCUCACAACUGGUCAGGAAACCGCAGUGA